AGAAAUGGAGAACAAUAAGUGUGGUAGAAUUGAAGAAGGUGAAGAAGAAAAGUGGGUGCAUGAUGCAUCUGUUGAUUACAAAGGCAGGGUUCCACUCCGUGCUUCCACUGGUGUAUGGAAAGCUUCCCUCUUUGUCCUCACAAUUGAAUUUAGUGAAAGGAUUAUCUACUUUGGCAUAGCCUCUAAUCUUAUAUCGUACCUGACUAAAGUGAUACACGAGGACCUCAAUACAGCGGCUAAGAAUGUAAACUACUGGACAGGAACGACAACCCUUAUGCCUCUCAUUGGUGGAUUUCUUGCUGAUGCCUACACUGGUCGGUUUCUUAUGAUUCUGUUUUCUUCCCUCGUGUAUCUAAUGGGAUUAAGCCUAUUGACCAUGUCCCAAUUCAUCCCAAGUUUAAAGCCUUGCAACACUAAGGUAUGCCUUCAUCCUAGGAAGGUUCAUGCAGUGGUUUUCUUCCUUGCCCUUUAUUGUAUCUCCUUGGGCACUGGAGGAUACAAACCAUGCUUAGAAAGCUUUGGAGCUGAUCAAUUCGAUGAUGAUCACUUGAAAGAAAGGAAGAAGAAGAUGUCUUUCUUCAACUGGUGGACCUUUGCACUGUGCAUUGCAUUACUUCUUGGUGCAACAGUGGUUGUUUAUGUUCAAGACUUUGUUGGUUGGGGAGUUGCUUGUCUUGCCCUCACUAUUCUUAUGGCUCUCACUGUUAUAGCUUUCUAUUUUGGAAAGGCUUUUUAUAGGUACAGAAGGCCAGAAGGAAAUCCUUUUACACCAAUUUUACAAGUCAUAAUUGCAGCAAUAAGGAAAAGGAAUCAGACUUGUCCUUCAAAUCCUGCUUUGUUGUAUGAAGUCCCAGAGUCAGAGAACUCUAGAGGAAGGCUUUUGAGCCAUACUAGCAGACUCAGGUUUCUUGACAAGGCUGCAAUAGUUGAAGAGAAAUAUAUUGAGCAAAAAGACAAUCCAUGGAGAUUAGCAACCGUGACAAGAGUGGAAGAGACAAAACUUAUUCUGAAUGUGGUUCCCAUAUGGCUAGCUACAUUAAUUAUUGGAGUAAAUUUAUCACAAGGCACCACACUCUUUGUCAAACAAGCAGCUGCUAUGAACUUAAAGAUAAGCCAUAAUUUCAAAAUUCCUCCAGCUUCCAUGGCAUCUUUUUCAGCUGUUGGUACCUUAAUAUUUUUGCCUAUAUAUGACAAAAUUAUUGUUCCAUUUCUGAGGAAAGCCACUGGCAAUGAAAGAGGCAUCAGCAUCCUAAGGAGGAUUGGCAUUGGCUUCACAUUAUCAGUCAUGGUCAUGGUUGUUGCUGCCUUAGUAGAAGCAAAGAGACUAAGAAUGGCUACACAUGGAGUCCUGAUAGGAGGGGAAAAUAGACAAAGGACUAUGAGUGUGUUUUGGUUGAUACCCCAGUAUUUGAUCCUUGGCAUUGGAGACUCAUUUUCUCUAGUUGGUUUGCAAGAGUAUUUCUAUGAUCAAGUUCCUGACUCAAUGAGAAGCUUGGGAAUGGCUUUAUAUCUUAGUGUGCUUGGAUUAGGAAACUUCAUAAGUAGCUUUCUAAUCAUCAUUGUAGACCAUGUCACUGAGAAGGAUGGCAGAAGUUGGAUUGGGAAGGAUAUAAAUUCAAGUCGUUUAGAUAAAUUUUAUUGGAUGUUGGCAGCCAUAAAUGCUUCAAAUUUGUGUUUCUUUCUCUUCUUAACUAAAAGGUACACUUACAAGACAGUACAGAAUAGAGUUACGGAAAUUGAUUGUUCUAAGGAUGAUGGGGUGGAUAUGAGAGCUUGA